CUUCAAUCAGAACACAAGUUCUUCAACACUCAAAGCAACAAACAUGAAGUGCAUCGCAGCUAUUGUCCUGGUGGCCAUUGCCGUCGCCGAAGCUUCCUACAUUCCGUACACCCACCAGGGAUACGCCGUGGCUCCAGCAGUGACCUACGCCGGUCAUUACGGUGGACCGACUGUUGUUCAGUCCAACGACUACCACCACGGAUGGGCUGCGGCACCAAUUGUCUCGGCCUACAACAACCACUGGAACGUCCCGGCGGCCGUGAACUACAACUCUGGCCACUACUACGAUAACUACCAUCAUGGACACUCCGCUGCCGUGAUCGCUGCCCCAGUUCAGCACUCGGCCACGUACGUCGCCGCCAACCGUGGAGCUGUCCACAAGGCCCCACUCGCCGGACAUGCCGUCAACCAGAAGUCGCUGAACCUGGCCCCGGCUCCGGGAACCUGGUAAAUCUUUGUCGGCUCUGCAAUGUUUUAAC